UGAUCCGCAACAAGGACAUCUGCGCCAUUAAAUUAACAAUAUACGAUAACUGUGCAAAACAAAACGAUUAAAAUAUAAGAAAACCUUCGUGGAAAAUAUAGUACAUUUCAUGUGACGUCCAACAGCACCUGAAAACCUAAAAACAAAACGUGGACACAUUCCUCAAUGGAUCAGUUGUAGGUAAUGAAGCCUUUGUAAAUGAACGGCCGCGUUAGCGCUGAUGACGUCGAUAUGGAUCCCAAUUUGAUUUUGUGUCCUCCAGACACCGCCUGAUUUAGUGCAGCGGCGCGGUGUGCAAACGAGAGAGGCGCGAUGCACCCAACGGCCAGGUGACGCUGUCGCCUACACCCGCGGAACAUGUCAUGGGACUCAAUAGAGUCGCGCGACUUCCUCGGCGGGGUGCCGGCGCAUCAGUUGUCGGCGACGCGACUACUCAGCUCACCUGACCCGUCGCGACACCAUCUCGAUGAGCAGCCAGAAGUUUACCCAUUCUCUGAGGAUUAUACAGGGGGAGACCUGCGCAAUGGUGCUCUACGUUGGGGCUCCAGGUUUGGGCCAGCUCACCGUCCUCCCACCGCUGGGCUGCUUGACUGUUUCCGUGUUUGCCGGUCAAGGUUGGACCAGUAUCUAGCCAGGAGAAAGAUCGAGCGCGGAGUAAGACUCUACGGUCAGAAUGAACAACGCCUAGCCGUGAAGAUUUGGCUGUCCGCCCUUCGUGGCAUCCGACACCGCACCGACAAGUUCACGCUACUUGGACAUUUGUACCAGGCGUACAUGGACUUCGGGAAGUACAGAGAAUCUCUGGAAUUCGCUAACCGUCAACUUGGUAUAUCCGAGGAGUUGGACUCGGCGCCAAUGCGAGCGGAGGCUUACCUGAACUUAGCACGCGCUCAUCAAACCUUGGGUGGUCUGGACAGAGCUCUGUCGUACGCUCGCCAUGCCCUCUACAAUGAUUGCGGAGGCGGGUCAACUGCAGGCUGCGUGCACCUCACAGUGGCAGCGGUAAGCUUGGAGCUGGGGGCAUUCUCCAAAGCGAUGGAUGGCUUCCAGAAGGCACUGGCGGUUGCACAGGCGCAAAAUGAUAACACGUUGUUACUUCAGGUGUACGUGGGCCUGUCGGAGCUGUGGCGGCGGCUGCGCGACGCGGAGCGCGCGGUGGCGUGCGCGGCGCGCGCGUGCGACCUGGGCCGCACGCCGCGCGCGCUCGACCUCAACACGCGCCACCACCGCACCGCGCUGCUGCAGAUGGCCGCCGCGCUGCGCGCCCGCGGCGAGCUCGGCGACGCGCACGACUACUGCAACGAGGCACUGCGACUGGCAGCGGUGGCGGGUGACCAGGGUUGUUAUGCGCGCGCAGUGAGGAUAGCCGGCGACGUGUAUAGGCGAAAAUGUGACAUUGGAAAGGCGCUAAGGCACUACGAAGUAGCAAUGGGGGCAGGCCAGGCACUUGGUGACAGGCUCGCUCAGAUGGAAGCUAUGGAUGGUGCGGCACGGUGUCUCGAAGCUUUGCGUCUGCAGGGCAGGAUCUGCAAUUGUAGACCGUUGGAGUUCAACACUAGGUUAUUGGAGGUCGCGACUUCAGUUGGUGCUAAGAUGCUAGUGCGUCGCGUGCGACUCCGGCUCGCGGAGAUCUACACGGCACUGGGCGACAACAACGCGGCGGCGCGGCAAAAGCGCGCGGCGGCGGCGUGGGCGGCGCCUGCAUGCGCGCGCUGUCGCGAACCACUUGCCGAACAACCUGAACCGCUCGCGUCAUUGCCCUGCGCUCACAUUGUCCAUCACGCAUGCAUGCCUGAGUCGUGGUCACGGCGCUCGACUCGUAGUGCAAGCGGCGCAGCGGGCGCGGCAUGUGCGGCGACCGAAUGUGCCGAGUGCGCGUCGCCGCGCGCGCCCCGCGCCCCGCCGCCUGCGCCGCCCGCGCCUCGCACACUGCCGUCGCAGGACUUCCCUUUCGGCACCCCACCGACGCUCCGUGAUUCGGAUCUGAACUCCGUGAUAUCUGAUCAUAGCAGUCAACAAGCCACAUCUAGUGUUUAAUUUUUGCGACAUUAGACUACCUACAUGAUUAUAUAUGUAUUUUUUCAGUCUUAUCAAUAUAUACUAUACUACACUAAAUUAGAGUUCAUUAUAAGAUGUAUUUUCUUGCAAAUUCAUCAUUAUGAAACUUAAAAGUGAAUAUUAAUAUUAUUUAUAUUAGUUACAGUCGUAUAACAGGUGAGUUCUUUUUUUUUUUUUUCAUUCAAACACAAUUUUUAAGGUAGAAAACCUGAUUUAGCUUAUCUAAUAAAUGAGCCAGAUUACUACCAGUAUACAACCACUAUACAUUUAUACAUACUUAGUUAUAUUGCUUUUAUAAUGCUUCAUUAAAAAAUUUACACUAGAAGUAGGUAGAGUGUGGCGCUCUCACGAUAAAACUUUAUAUGCAGCUUUCAUUUUACAAAAAGGUCUUGAACUUAGCUUAAAUUAAAAAUGCUAAAUUACGCUGCGGGAUAUAGAUCUCCAUCCUACGAAUAAUAGUUUACGUCGUAGAGUUAAAAUAGAACAAAGCUACGCUAUAGGGAUACAAGUCUACGUAAUGAGCAAUAAAUCAAUGACAGAUCAUAAAUUCAAAUAGUAAAAAUACAUAGACAGACGCUACAUGCGACGUUAUUCUAGCCUACAUCGUAGACUCGUAAUCUCUCGUAAUUCUACGGCAUAGCUUAGAAUAAGCUACGCUCAAUAGUAAUUCAAGUAAGGCUACGCCGUAGACCGUAGACUCGAUCCUUCCUUUCACUACGGCUGUGACGUCACAAUGGCAGAUAUUAGGGCAGUAAACGGAUCUGCCUGGCUAAGGUAGGUAAGCUAUCAUUAAAUAUAAUAUUUGCGCUACCUAUCCGUAACUCUCUACCCAUCCAGUUAAUAUUUAAUAUAUUUUUUUUUAUUUGAUAGCGACAAAGCGAAGUCUUUUAUCGAAAUUAAUAUGAAUGGAUUUAUCCUCAAUAGUUCCAUGCUUUUGAUACUUUAUAAUUUCAAAAUAAUAUUUUUAGGCUUUAAAAAAAAUAUUACAAAAAAUGUAAGGGGAAAAGGGUGAUAGAAUAUUUUUACGGUGAAAUAAAAGAUAGUAAAGAAUCCUAAUGGAAUUGUAAACGAUUGGAAAGGAACGAAUGUCCAUAUCCUUUUAAAUUAAUCUAUUGUAUAACUUUAGGAUACGAUUCCUUUAAAAGAUACGCUUUAUUAACCAAAAGGGAACCUUUGUUUUUGUACGAAUUAUUAUAAAAUUAAUUAUAUACAUACAUAAAAAAAAGGUAUUGAUGUAUAUUUAAUAAUAAUUAUACAUGUAUAAAUCCGUUUAAUAUGUAAUUAAUGGUUUUCGAAAGAGUAUAUACGCUUAUAUCAUAAAUUAAAUUUGUUGCUACGUUAUUAUAUUUUUGUUGUAGCGUGUAAUAUGUAGGAACUAAACAAACGAUAUGUAGAUAUAAUUCCAAAAUGUUCCGAUUAAAAAAAAACACUUAUUAAAUAUUCUAAGUCCACGAUAAAUAAUUCUCAACUGCCAAGUAGGUAUGGUCAAUUAAUGUAAGAACACAACAACAUAAAAAAUAAUAAUAAUAAUAUAAAUACAUAAAUUCAUAAUCAAAUAACUGCACUGGUUUUAAGGGAGAGCACUCUAUAUGGAGUAGUGAAGAAGUAUUAUAUAUAACAUAUCCAUUUUUUUUUUUUCCAAAAAAAUAGACAAUUUAUAAUACAACCUAAUUCACCUAAAGAUAUACAGAGUCAUUUAUUCGUACUUAUAUUCUAGUUAACAAUAACUUUUAAUAAAGAAAAUCCACAUUAUUAUUAUUUAUUUAGACAUCAUCAGACCCUUUUGUGAUUUGAUUUGAUAUGCUUGUUAUUUACUAUUGAGUGAAAACUUUGUACGUCUGCUUAAAUAAAUAAAUAUUUGGAAUCAAAUAUGGAUCAAGUCGAAACAAUUAUCGGAAAUGACAAAAAUAUUGAGUUCUUUAAUUUUCCGUUAGAUAUGUAUAUAGACAUUGAUAUAAAUUAUAUGUUAUUUAAUGCUAACAAAUUUUUAGCCGUGUCUUCAUCUAUGUACUCUUCCAUCUCCAAAAGUUCCUGUGUAUCCAAUGGUUGAAUCAUCAAAGUACCAACGAACAAAGUCGCUGUAAUCUGUCAAUUUAUUAACAAAUAUAAAUACUAUUUCACUACUCCCAUAAACCAAAAAAAUUCAUAAAUUAUAUCGACGUUGCUAUAUAAUUAUGUUACAAAUCCAAUUUACAUAAAAUAUUAUGUAUAUAAUAAUAAUAGUAACAGUACUGUUAUUACUACCUGUAAGUAUAUUUUGAUUUUAUUAAAAACAAACUGUUAAAAAAUAUACAGUUUCCGAUAUGUAUAUUAAUUUAUUGAAACAUACUUAUCGCAUUACAGUAACAUAAAAUUAAGAAGUAUAGUUAGAAAAAUAUUAUAUAUUAUAACUAUUUACAUUGUGAAAUAAAUAUACAUAUAUACGUAAGUGCAGUCAGCUCCAUAAAUAAUCGUUGUAAUAAUGUUAAAAUAUAGAUAUUUAAUAUCAACAAAUCGAUCUAAAUUAAAAUCCUUACAUUCCUUUAUUUUCAAACAAAGAUCUUCGAUUUUACUUUGUUAUUAAUAUAAAAAAUAUUUAUGGAGUUAAUGCAUUUUUUAAUCAAAUUUAUUUAGACAUUUUCUUUUGCUUGCAUCAAAUUUUUUGGAUGACAUUAAAAAUAACACGCUAACCUCGUCAAUUCUGGACCGAUUUUGAUGUAUUCUUUUUGCAAUCGACAGAGAUCAAUAAUUUUAUUCCUGUUUGUCCCUUACCAAUUUUAUUACAAUUGUUUACGAUGUAAGCAAUAUGAAAAUAUCUAAAUAACUUCUGAUAUUAUAUUAUCAACUGAAGUAUUUGUAACACGUUUGGAAUAUGUGUAUAGAUGUUACAAAUGCAACAGACGUCCUAUUGUGUCCUUCUGUCAUUGUACCUGCGCAAAUGAAAACGUCUACUUAAAUAUAUAAUUCCUAUUUGUCAAAUAUAUAAUACUAUAUAUGUAUAAAAAUAUACGAAAUAUACCUGCCUACUUUAUUCUUCGUACUAAAAAUUAAACAUUCGAUAUUUUGUUUCUGUAAUAGUCUUGACUCGGUGUAACAAAAAUUAUAUUGAUAUAUUUUAACUUUCUCACACUAAAACUAGCUAUCGUAGUUGAAG